AUGGCAACGACCCCGUUCGACCCGUCUCACUUCACCCCAAAUGCCUUCGAUAUAUACACAGAUGCUGUCGCGAUCAGGGCGCCGACUCCCAGCUUGCCAGGAGGAGCUUGCGGUUUCGUGGACCUAAAUCCUGGUGCCAAUGGAGCCCGAUGUGGAUGCCGGAGGUUCUGGAGUCGUUGUCCAACUGGCAAUCUCGUACCGGACCAAUCCCAAUGGUGCAUGUGCAAUCACCACGCCUGCUAUCAUGAGGAGGGAUCUCGUGAUGUCCAGCAGCCCGAGGUGGGUAUAUCAGGCCAAGAGAAUGAAAGACCCAGGACCGGAAGAGAACCGUUAAGCCCCGUAGUGGACAUUGCCAUCAAGACGCCCCCUGUGAUACCCGGAAUGGAUUUCUCGAGUUUUAAUGCAGGAGCCUUAUCUUUCAUCCAAAGGACACCGGACCAAAGAUUGUCGGACCAGAGAAUACCCGUGGAUACCGGCCCAUUUCCAAGGAUUCCUGCCAGCCAAAACCUCGGUGCCUCUGCCUCAAUCCCGGAUACCUUAAGCUGGGGUGGCCUUCUUCAGUCACAGUCUUGCCCUUCUGCUAUCCCACCAAUACCGGCCCAGUGUUUGAUUACCUCUCAAACUGCAUCAACAACCUCAUCCGCCCAAGCCAAAUACCUCCGGCCCUUUGCAGGAAAGGGACUUCACACUCUUAAUGGGCUUUCAGCAGACAAACCUUCAUCUCCAACCCAGGCCAAUACCCAGGAUGUUCCGCCAACUUCUGUGCCUCAGAACCAGGCGCCACCAGCUGACUCCUUUACGUGGACUUCCCAGGACUACAAACCACCUGACACUCCCCGCGCAAGCACGCCAACCCAGUCUGAACCCCGAGCUACAGCAUUUAGUGCAGCUGUUUCGCGCCGCGCUUUCAAGAACCUAUCUGAUACUGUUAGCGGUCACGACCAGCGCUUAGAUCGGCUGGAGACAGUCUCAUUCACAGCAGCGGGACAUGAGGAAUGCCACGAAAAGCAUGACCACGCCGAUAUUCGUAUGACUGAUCUAGAAAGUCGAGUUGAGGAGGUGGAAAAACUUGUCAGUGAUAACAAGAGCGUCCUGAACGACAGCAAUAGCGUUACAUCUCGUCGUGGCGAUGAUGCCAGUGUGAUAUCCGUAUCGACAAGCACUACGAGUCGGCCAACUCACUCACAGGAGCUCUGGAGUCAGGUCCAAUCUCUACAAGCACAAGUGGUACAAUUACAGUCGCUGAUGCCAUCCCCGAAUCAUCCAUUCGAGAUCGAGGUGGUCUUUCUGCCUUUCCCCCUUAAAAAGGUGUGGCAGGAGGCACAGCAGUUCAAGAAUGAGCCACAAAUCUCCAACGAUGACUGGACGCAAUUACCCAUGACGCACAGCACUGCAACUCUACGGUCUGAGAUGUCGCUUUACCCUGACUGGAUGGUCUCGGAUCAAGAUACGAAAUGGCUCCUGCCCAAAGCUUGCGCGGACAAGGGCGUUAUUGAUCGACGAUUGCGCAGCCGUGGUCUAAUCAAGACGAUAUCUGUCAAGGGCUCGGACGCUCGUAGCGUUACCAUGGCUAUGAACGCAGCUUUCGGCCACCUCUUUCGCGAGAUGAACAUUUUCUCUCGUCCCCAAACGACAGAUCCUCGCUCAUCAUCUUUUUUGGGACUUCAAUCCACUUGGGUUCCCCUUCGCAAAAUCCAUAAGGAUUCACGAUUACGUUUUCUCAGCCCUGCUGAGAUGAUGACUCCAGCAGUGUGGGAUGUUCAAUUCCUGAGCCAAGUCAUGAUGAGAGCUUCUGAGCCUAGACUGUUCGUAACUCAUCCUGAUGCCUACCUUCAGGACUUCCAGGCCUACGAAAUGGGCUGGACGUGGCAGAUGCUCAGGGAAAUGAGUCCAGUCGCCCCUGAUCCAUCAGCCUCACUAGACGAAGGCAAACCCUUCGAA